GGCCCGAGGGUCGCUGGCGGAGAUGCGCUGCUCGGACGAGCCUCCGCCGCAUCACUUCGUCGCCGGCGCCGGGCAGCAGCCUCGAAAAUUCGCAGCACCCCUUGAAGCGGAAAGGAGUGCUUUCCGUGGACGCAGCGACGUGGGCAGCAAGAAACGGGAGCGGGCACAGCAUGCGCGCGGCUCUGCCGAGGCUGCACUCUCGGACGCCAACAGCAGUGCUGCUCCCACACUAGCGACAUCGUUCGACAGCGAGGGGCACAGCCCUCAGCCUGGACCGACACCCGACGUCGGACCGGACAUCCGGCGCAGUGUGACUUGCCGAUGCAAGGGCAUCAGAGAGAGCCUGUGACGCAGUCCUUUCAUUGCCUCGUCAUGCCAAAGAUCUGCGCCCUCACAUCCUCACCCGCCAGUCUGAGCGACUCAGCGAGGCAAGCAUCGGCCGUGGCGUCGAGCCAGGCAUCUCCAUCUGCUGUCGCUCCGCCGCUGGAUGCGUCCAUCUGUCGUUCCGCGCCGGCCAGGAGCGUUUCUGCGUCGAUGCUGGCGAUGAGC